UGGGCUUGUAGUCGGGGCUUGUCCGAGGUUCCCCGAAUGACUGCGCUCACCUCCAUAGCAACCUCCGGGCAGCCGACAUUUACACGCGGCUGCCGAGGCGAAGGGCGGCUUUCGGCUCUGCCUACCGUCCGGUGACCAACGACCCCUGCAACUUCCCAGCAUUUCCCCCAAAAAGGUCUAAAUUUCAACCACAAACUUCAUGCGGCUACAAAAUGCUUAAGAUUCUUACUACAGAACCUCCGGAUAUAUCGGACGACAACUUUGAGUCGUACCUGGCCUCUGAUGACCUCCUUGUGCACUAUUUCAAUGAGUUUUUAAAUCUUCUGGGGCUUCCUGAACCUCUAAUGUACAACAAGCACACUGGGGCUUUUGAGGUGGUCAGUGAUGUUGCAGAGUCUGUAUCGAAGAGGAUAAAGUCUGCACUGUUAAAGUAUAAAUCUGACCCACUCCUCAACAGAACAUCACUUCUCCCCGACUCCUUGCCUGACAAUACCUACACAGUGCAGUGUUUGGAUCGAGAACAAGGAGUGCAGUGGAUAAAGAAAGAAAGGCUUCCUUUAUUUCUGAAAAGUGAUUACUACUUUGAAUACAGGCUGGCUAAACUGCUGUCUCAGGUGGACAGUGUCAGCUCGAGUCAGAGUCUGCUGGUGGACCCCAUGUAUCGGCCCUGGGCAGCGAGCCCAGAGACCCAAGCCUGUUCCUCAGGGAAAGACGGGAACAGAUUACUCAUGACGAUGCACUACGCCUCCCUCCGCCAGCAGAGUCAGGCCUUGCUGAGCACCCAGUCGGUCCAGGAGCUUGAGUGUUACCUGAAGGAAGGAGGUCCACUCAGCCCAGCAACAGACCCUGCUAGCAGCCAUGGAUUCCCACCACCCUCCUCUAAAAGCCCAGAAAUGGAACGGCCCACCUUUGCCUCCUUGCUCUUGGAGCGUGAAACACAGAAGCAGAAGCACAUCAAACCUAUGGAGACCAGGUUGACCGCCAUCACCUCCAGAAGCAGUGGAGCUACGGCGGACGUGGGAACAUCUUUUGCUCAGGGGGUCCUAAGGGGUGCUGUGUCAGAGGAGGAAGGUAAACAGAACUGCAAGGCUUAUGGGUCAAGGUCAUCACUGCAGGAGCCAACAGAGCCAUGUGUUGAAAACCUCCUUGGUGGGGCCCCAGUCACUUACCCUACUCAGCCAGCAGAGGAGAGUGUAACCUCAGAGACGGUCAACAAGGAAGACGAGAGUCACAAUGACUAUAGUCUCCUUGAUGAUGACCUCCAUGACUCCAAUUAUGGCCUAGAGGAAUUUAAAAGCUUUCUGCAGGGAACACCAGGCGAGAAACUCUUCUACCUUUGGAUGGAUAUUGAACGACUAAAAACUCUUCAGAACCAACAUAGCAAAAACAGACACCUGGUUCAGAUGAAAGACCAGUACUUGCUGAGCGCUGGACCCUACACACUGAGUGUGGAGCUGCUGUCCAGGCUGGGAAUAACCAGCACCCUCUGCUGGAGGGAGGACAAAUUACAUCUUGUCCAGGCAGAGAUAACAAAGUCCCUGCUCCUCUACUGGUGCCCAAGGUUCUGGAUGGUCUGCUCAACCCGAAGUGAAGGCAGCGUGCUUCAUAUGAGGCUCUGGAAAGAGCAGCAGCUGUGGCCACCAGCACACUUUGAGCCUUACCCUGGGGCCCUCGCCGUAUGCUAUGGGCAGCACCGUCACCCCAUGUCCUGGAAUGCUCCCUCUACUUCACCAGUGCUGACUGGGAAAGCUGAUUUCCAGUGGAGGCCCCUCAGGCUGCCGAAGCGUUCAGCAUGGACUGUGUGUCUGGAGCCUGUGUCAACCAGUACACAUCCCAUAAUGCCCUGGGCACCUUCAAUCAAGUGCCUGUCAAGUGCUGUUGAGUCCACUUUAGAGGAGAUCCCACCCUUAGAUCACAGUGCAAAGAGGAUGAUGCAGAUCAUUGAAGAGCCAGAGGCAGGUGGUGACAGCACGGACGACCUGCUGCGGGCCUUGCACUGUGAGCCGCAGGCGGGGUUCUGCUUCCUGUGCUUCUGUGAGCGUUCAGGAAACCAGCUGUGGCAGAAUGCCAUCCAUUUUUGGUCUGACCUGCAGAGGUACCAUAGUCUGUUCUUCCUGGACGGGCCUGAUCCCUUCAAACUGCAGCGGCAGGCACAGUUCCUGUACGCCACAUACCUGUGCUCCAAAGCACAGAUGAACAUUGGGGCCGGGGAAGACUGCAGGCGGCUGGUGUAUGCUGGUCUGACUCCGCCCUUUGAGGAGUUAUUUGACCAAGCGGAAGAGCAUGUUUUGGCUGUUCUUCAGGAGCCAUGGAGACUGCUGGUUGCCGAGGAAGCCUCUGCCUUUAAAAGGGUUGGGUUGCAGAAGUCGACCCGGUAUGUGGACACACCACACUACAGGAAAUUGCAGGCUUUACACAGGAAGUACCAGAGCAGACUGAAGCAGAGCAUACUGGAAGAGGACCAGCCUCCGCCUCAAGAGCCAGUCUUAAAAGACCCCGACUUGUGGGAGAAGGUUCCAGAGGAAUUCCGUAGAUACCGUUUUGGGUCCAUAUUGCGCCACCGUCUGGAAAUCCAACACUUCCAGUCCUUCCUUGAGGAGAACUCUGCCAUCACGGACCUGGCCUGCUGGUUGGAUGUUGAGCAGUUUCGGAAGAUUCCUCAGAAGGACAAAGCGCAGAGGGAGGACAGCUGUAAAGCGUUCAGGAGCAAAUACCUGAACAGGAAGUACUACUUUGGGCCCGGCAGCCCAGCGAGCAGAGAGGAACAGGAAGAGAUGAGUCGCCUGUGCGGCGGCUGGGGGCGGAUCCUCCGCGGCCGCCUCUCGGCGCCCGCGCUGGUGGAGGUGCAGAGCCAGGCAAGGCGGCGCAUCGACAGGAAGUGGCUGCCCCUCUUCCUGGCCACUCCGCAGUUUGCGGAGCGCCGGAGGUCACAGGUAAAGGAGGUGGAGGACCAGAUGUUUUCUCGGAACCGGAAGAAGAAGGAGAUGUGGAAGCUCACGGACAGUGCUUGGAUGGCGACCUCCAAAGAGAUCCUGGUCUUCCGCAAGGCACUGCUCAACCCGGUCACCUGCCGGCAGUUUCAGCACUUUGUGUCCCUCAAGGGGGACUUCCUGGAAAACGGGGUGCUCUUUUGGCUGGAGGUGCAGAAGUACAAGGAGCUGCACCACUCGCACUCAGAUGAAGCCACCAUCCAGAAGAAGGUGGAUGCUAUCAUCAGUUGCUUCAUUGAUUCCUCCAUCCCACCAGCGCUGCAAAUCAGCAUCCCGGCUGGGCAGGCGCAGGACAUCCUGCAGCGCAGGACGGAGCUGGGGCCCUAUGUGUUCAGAGAGGCCCAGAUGACGGUCCUGGGUGAGCUGUUCAAGCUGUGGCCACAGUUCCUGGCUUUCAGGAGCAGUGUGGAGGAUGCACAGGUGCUCCCCCUGCUGGAGAGCUAUAAGGAAGCACAGCAGUGGGAAAUGAAGCGGCAGAGAGAAAGGAAACAGGCACAGGAGGAGGCGAACAGGCAGAAUUUGAGCUUUGGUGAGGGUCUGCUGGGGGAUUCCGGCAGCCAGGAGGACUUGACAAUGGGGACAGGAAGCAGCGACUCGACGCUGCCCACGCGGCCGGUGUCCUGGUCCUAUUCCAAGUACAUGGUAGCGCUAGAGCAGGAGCGGCUGCUUCUCAGGAGACACGUGCGGCCGGAGCAGGAAGCGGACACCAUCCCCAAAACAGGUAUGGAGAAUGAGCUCUUCCGGAGGUCGCUGUCCUCCUGGCCUGUUAGGGAGUGGGGAUGGAGGGGGCCGUGUCUCUGGUGGGUGCGGGCGGGCGGACAUCCUGACAGCAUGGAGCACUGCAGCUCCUCACCCCUGACCUGCCUUCCUGUCCGGCCCCUCCUGCUGCAGAACCGCCUCCUGGGUGCAAUGGUCAGUGGAAGGGCACGAGGCGCCGCCGGGGCCGGAUCUCCAUCCCGCCGCCGGUCCAUGGCCAAGUUGCCCUGGAUGCUCCCGCCUGCUGCUGACUCCAGCUGCUGGGGAGAUCGAUGGCAACACAAGUGGAGAGAUGGAGCAGAGAGAAAGGAGAGGCAGGAUGCUACCAGCUCCGGCCCACACACAGCGGUCCCCAGUGUAAUUCCAUUGUUCAGAAAGGGUUCCCUGUUCCUCUAGAAUGACCAUCAACCUCUCGCCAUUCCUACUUCCACACCAUACGAACAGUAUAAAGAAAUGCUUCAUGUGGAGAUAGAAAACGGAUUUAAACGUGAGGAUCUGGCUGUACAGUAAAACCUCGGAUUGCGAGUAACUUGUUUUUUCAAGAUGAGCAAAAAUUUAUGAACUUCAGCUUCAUAAACGAGCGAGGUCUUGCAAUACGAGUAUUAUGUAUAUGCAUUUUUACAUGAAUAUUUUUGGGUUGUGGA